GAGCUCUGGGUCUGCAGCGAUCUCUCGAUAAGCCACCUAGAGGCGACUCUGUGCGCGCACUCCCCAGUGGAUCCCGCCCUCCCUCUGAUCAUGUUGACAUAUUCACAGGACAGGCAGUAGUACCGAUGCGGCGCUGCGACGUUACAGUUUCCGACACCUUCUUUUUAUAACUCGGCUCUAUCCCCCAGCACUCGACCUGUGAAAACCACGCCUAUGCAGCAACACAAUUGGUCCGAAAGCGUCAAAGAGCCAAUCAAGAGGCCUCCGGCUCCCCGCAGCCCACAGCGCAGCCCGACCUUCUAGAGCCGCCGAGCAGACGCCCGGGGAAUUCUAGAGGCGGAGGAGGGUGGCGAGCAGCUCUCACUAGCUUUCCCUCGCUCCCUCCCUCACUCCCUCCCUCUCCUCGCCUACUCUGUCUCUGUCUCUCUGUCUCUCUCCUCUCUCUCUCUCUCCCUCCUUUCUAUUUUUCCCCUCCGAAUCCUCCCUGCCCUGCGCGCCUGGACACAGAUUUAGGAAGCGAUUUCGCUCACGUUUUAAAGGACAAGGAAGAGAAGCAGGAGAGACCGGCCAGAUUCGGAUUGAAACCGAGACACCCUCCGGAGCUCGGAGCAGAGGAAGGAGGAGGAGGGCGAACGGAAGCCAGUUUGCAGUUCAAGUUUUGAUAGCGCUGGUAGAAGAGGCUUAAAUCAGUGUGUGUGUGUGUCUCUCUCUCUCUGUGUGUGUGGGUUUUUUUCUUCUUCUGUUUUUAAGAAGAGACUUUUUCCACACUCUUGCUCCCUGCUAAAGCCGAGUCUAGCUGCAGCAAGAGAGAGGAAGAUAGGAAGCGGGGGACGAAGAGGAAAAGGGGGAGAGUCUUCUAGGAGAACCGUUCGCAUUUGCAACAAAGGACCUGGGGGCUGGGGAGCGAUUCCGGGGACGCAGGGCUGGGGUGUCUAUUUCGAGCUCAGCGGCCGGGCUCAGGCGCGAGUCGAGACCCUGCUCGCUCGUCUGGCUUCGGAAACCGACUUCCAGGAGCGGCUUUUUAAAAUCACAAGGCACAAGGACUGUCACCCAGCGACUAUGUCUUCUGAUUUGUCGCCUUGUCCUCUUUAAAAGCGACAUUCCCCUCCCCAAAAGACAAUUCCCCCUCUCUUUGAAGUGAUUUACUUGUGAUUUCUUCCUCCUGUUUUUUCUUUUUUUUUUUUUUUUGCGUUUUUUCAAAAAAAGUAUGUGCUGCUGUUGAACAAAAAAAAAAAAAAAAAAAAAAAAAGCAAAAAGCAACAAAACAAAAAAAGCAAGGCAGCCGCUGCGGACUUGUCCCCGCCUGAAGUGGAUGAGCCUCUCCAUGAGAGAUCCGGUCAUUCCUGGGACAAGCAUGGCCUACCAUCCGUUCCUACCUCACCGGGCGCCGGACUUCGCCAUGAGCGCGGUGCUGGGUCACCAGCCGCCCUUCUUCCCCGCGCUGACGCUGCCUCCCAACGGCGCCGCGGCGCUCUCGCUGCCGGGCGCUCUGGCCAAGCCGAUCAUGGAUCAAUUGGUGGGGGCGGCAGAGACCGGCAUCCCUUUCUCGUCCCUGGGGCCCCAGGCGCAUCUGAGGCCUCUGAAGACCAUUGAGCCCGAAGAAGAGGUGGAGGAUGAUCCGAAGGUGCACCUGGAGGCUAAAGAACUUUGGGAUCAGUUCCACAAGAGGGGCACCGAGAUGGUCAUUACCAAGUCGGGAAGGCGAAUGUUUCCUCCAUUUAAAGUGAGAUGUUCUGGGCUAGAUAAAAAGGCCAAAUAUAUUUUACUGAUGGACAUUAUAGCUGCUGAUGACUGUCGAUAUAAAUUUCACAAUUCUCGGUGGAUGGUGGCGGGUAAGGCCGACCCUGAGAUGCCAAAGAGAAUGUACAUUCACCCGGACAGCCCGGCUACCGGGGAACAGUGGAUGUCUAAAGUUGUCACUUUCCACAAACUGAAACUCACCAACAACAUUUCGGACAAACACGGAUUUACUUUGGCCUUCCCAAGUGAUCACGCAACGUGGCAGGGGAAUUAUAGUUUUGGGACGCAGACUAUAUUGAACUCCAUGCACAAAUACCAGCCCCGGUUCCACAUUGUAAGAGCCAAUGACAUCUUGAAACUCCCUUAUAGUACAUUUCGGACGUACUUGUUCCCCGAAACUGAAUUCAUCGCUGUGACCGCAUACCAGAAUGAUAAGAUAACUCAGUUAAAAAUAGACAACAACCCAUUUGCGAAAGGUUUUCGGGACACUGGAAAUGGCAGGAGAGAAAAAAGAAAGCAGCUCACCCUGCAGUCCAUGCGGGUGUUUGAUGAAAGACACAAGAAGGAGACAGGAACUUCGGAUGAGUCCUCUAGCGAACAGGCGGCCUUCACCUGUUUCACUCAGGCCUCCUCACCAGCAGUGUCCACUGUAGGGACAUCGAACCUCAAAGAUCUGUGUCCCAGCGAGGCUGAGAGCGACGCGGAGGCCGAGAGCAAGGAAGAGCACGGCCCCGAGGCCUGCGACUCGGCCAAGAUCACCACCACCACGUCGGAGGAGCCGUGUCGCGACAAGGGCAGCCCGACCAUCAAGGCUCACCUCUUUGCGGCGGAGCCAGGCUGCCGUCCCCGGGACAGCGGGCGGCUGGACAAGGCGUCGCCGGACUCGCGCCACAGUCCGGCCACCAUUUCCUCCAGCACCCGCGGUCUGGGCGCCGACGAGCGCCGGAGCCCGGGCCGCGAGGGCGCGGCCACGGCCAAGGUCGAGGAGGCUCGCGCGCUGCCAGGCAAGGAGGCGUUCGCGCCGCUCACCGUGCAGACGGACGCGGCCGCGCACCUGGCCCAGGGCCCCCUGCCCGGCCUGGGCUUCGCGCCGGGCCUGGCCGGCCAGCAGUUCUUCAACGGGCACCCACUGUUCCUGCAUCCCGGCCAGUUCGCCAUGGGGGGCGCCUUCUCCAGCAUGGCCGCGGGCAUGGGGCCCCUGCUGGCCACCGUGUCCGGGGCCUCUACUGGCGUCUCGGGCCUGGAUUCCUCGGCCAUGGCCUCUGCCGCCGCUGCGCAGGGACUGUCUGGGGCAUCUGCGGCCACCCUGCCCUUCCAUCUCCAGCAGCACGUCCUGGCCUCUCAGGGCCUGGCCAUGUCGCCUUUUGGAAGCCUCUUCCCUUACCCCUACACGUACAUGGCCGCAGCAGCUGCCGCCUCCUCGGCUGCGGCCUCCAGCUCCGUGCACCGCCACCCGUUCCUCAGCCUGAACAGCAUGCGCCCGCGGCUGCGCUACAGCCCCUACUCCAUCCCGGUGCCGGUCCCCGACAGCAGCAGCCUGCUGGCCACCGCGCUGCCUUCCAUGGCGCCGGCCGCGGGGCCCCUGGACGGCAAGGCCGCUGCCCUGGCCUCCAGCCCCGCUUCGGUGGCCGUGGACUCGGGCUCAGAACUGAACAGCCGUUCCUCCACGCUCUCUUCCAGCUCUGUGUCCUUGUCUCCCAAACUCUGCUCCGAGAAGGAGGCGGCCACCAGCGAACUUCAGAGUAUCCAGCGAUUGGUCAGUGGCUUGGAAGCCAAGCCCGACAGGUCCCGCAGCGCGUCCCCCUAGACCCCCUGCUGAAAAGUCUCUUCAUUCCAGUUCAGUCAAAUCUGCAGCGCACUUUGUUGGAUGUAAACUAAACCACGGGCUGUGGGGUUACCCCCUUCCUUUUGCAGUGGUGUCUGGGAAGGGGCAAUCGACUCCCUUGAGAGAAUGUCCGAGAGACAGACCCUGUCGCCUUGGCAAGGUUUAUAGAUCUCAGUUCUGGCUCAGAUUCGGGGGGGCUCAGAAACCACUGUUGCAUCGAGCCACCCGGUGGAAGCAUGGCAUGUGUGUCCUGAGACUGCCAUCCAGGCUGGUCUGGAAGCUGUGGCCCCAGGAAGAGGUAGCUGAGCCCUCCAGGGGGGAGAGGUGUUGAAAAGCAUUUCCCUCAAUGUGGAUUUAUAUGAUCUAUUUUUUUUUUCCUUUCACCGUGUCAAGUGGAAACAAAUAAAAUUUUUAAAAAUCGGGGGCAAAUGCAUACAUUAAACAUGAUUGUGAAGAGUGAAAAACUUCAUAGUGACUUGCAUAUUGGUUCUCAAUAAAUUACUGAGCAGCCUUGUUUGGGGAGGGAGGUCCCUGCCAUUCUUGUUUAGUCUAUAUUAAGGAAAUCUGUGUCUUUUUAAUAUUCUUGUGAUGUUUUAAGAGCCGCUAUAGGUCUCUUCUUGCAUGUUCCACAGUAGUAUAUUUGUGGUUUUUAUUUUGAACGCUUGCUUUUAGAGAAAACAACACAACCCCAUCCCCUCUCAACCUGUGCGCUCAAGUCUGCAACCCCAAGGAAGUGGGGGGGGUGGGGGGGACACAGAGAAGGGGUGGGGGAAAUGAAAACUGAAUUUAUUUUAUCUGAGCUCUGUAGCUGGAUUGACGUCCCUCUUCGACAGUUUGUUCUUUCCUGUAUAUGCAAUAACAAGGUUUAAAAAAAAAUAAAGAAGAAGCGAGACUAUUAGACAAAGUAUUUAUGUAAUUAUUUGAUAACUCAUGUAAAUAGGUGGAAUAUGAAAAUGCUUGGAAAAUUAAACUUUAAUUUAUUGACAUUGUACAUAGCUCUGUGUAAAUAUGAUUGCAAUUGUCAGGUUUUUGUUCUUGUUUUCUUUUAGUCAAUUUUAUUUCCAGGUCACAGAAUUGCUGUUCACACUAGAAAACAAGACUUUCUGCACCGACAUCUACACACUUUCAAAAGAGUUGUCUGCAAAAUUUAUUUUUCUUUUUUAAUGUCAAGAGUAGGGGUUGUGUGUGUGGGGGGAGUGCUGUUUCCUAUUUUAGCCAAAAUUGGGGAGGAGUUAGCACUUCCCAGCUCCACUUGAAAUUCCUGAAAAUAUAACACCCUGAGAGUGGUCCUGGGAUUGGUGUGGGCUGGGGGGAGUGCAGAGACUGUGGUUUGACUUCCCAACUUUCCUUUCAUAUUUGUAUCUGCUAGUCUCUGAUUUCCUCCAAAUGAAGUGGAAUUUAACUACUGUUGUCAAUCUUGAUGGCGUUUUGAAUUGGUGCCUAUAGGGAGAGUCUCAGUUCAAAAGUCAGGUGCUGAGGGAUGGUUUAAAAGACAAAAAUCCAUGAAGGUAUAUUUUGUGUUAUAGUUGGCGAGUUCUUUGGUUUUCUGUAUUUUUUUCCUCUUUAAAACAUCACUGAAAUUUCAAUAAAUUUUUAUUGAAAUGUU